UCAGUCUGUUCCCUCGGUAUCUGGAGCCUCAACUGUGAGGCCCGGCGCGCGUCAGGCUUCGUGCGCGCGGUAGCUGGUUCCCCUCUGAGGGCUCGGGGGGAGGGAGCGCUGUCCGCACAGUCCUGCAGCUGCUGCCCCCUCCCUGGGUUGUGCAGAGUGAAUAGCGCCCCCCAUCCCUGCUGAGGCCAGGCUCACCAGACCGCCAUUGCCAGGAGAGCGCUACUUUCCAGAUGGCUGCUGAGGAAUCCCAACCCCUGUUGAGCUCCAGGAAGCCAAGUGAGCAAUGGCUGCUGCCUGCUGAGAGCGUCUACCUGAGCAAAGUCCAGAACAGAAAGCUAUAUCUGGCCACCUUUGCUGCUGUUUUGGGACCCCUCAGCUUUGGAUUUGUCCUAGGUUACAGUUCACCAGCUAUUCCAGAUCUGAAGAAAAUUAGUGACCCUAAAUUAAGAUUAGACACCAACGAAGCAUCAUGGUUUGGGUCUGUAGUAACAUUAGGCGCUGCUGCUGGAGGAAUACUGGGAGGCUGUAUGGUGGAUAAAGUUGGGAGGAAGCUGAGUUUGAUGCUGUGCUCAAUACCAUAUGUCUCUGGGUUUACAAUUAUCAUAUCCGCCCAGAAUGUCUGGAUGCUUUACAUUGGACGAAUAUUGACUGGGUUAGCCAGUGGCAUUACUUCACUUGUUGUUCCAGUGUAUAUUUCUGAAAUAUCCCACUCAAAAAUUCGAGGAACACUUGGCUCAUGUGUUCAGCUGAUGGUGGUGACUGGUAUACUGGGAGCUUAUGUUGCAGGAAUGGCACUCAGAUGGCGCUGGCUGGCUGUGCUAUGUUCUUUCCCACCUUGCAUAAUGCUCGUGUUCAUGUCCUUCAUGCCUGAAACACCUAGGUUCCUGCUGAACCAGAAAAAACGCACUGAAGCUAUGGCUGCUUUACAGUUUCUGCGGGGAUCAGAGGUGGACCAUGAGUGGGAAUGCAGGCAGAUUGAAACCCAUGCUGAGGAGCAGCACAGACUAAGUGUUGCUGAAUUUAAGAAUCCAUCUAUCUACAAGCCAUUUCUUAUUGGUGUGGCACUGAUGUUCUUCCAGCAAGUAACAGGGAUUAAUGCAAUUAUGUUUUAUGCAGAAACUAUCUUUGAAGAAGCUAAUUUUAAGGACAGUAGAAUGGCCUCUGUUGUUGUGGGUUCCAUACAAGUGUUUUUCACAGCUGUGGCUGCAAUUAUUAUAGAUAAAACUGGGCGAAAAGUACUGCUUUCUCUUUCAGGGGUCAUUAUGGCUAUCAGCACUGCAGCAUUUGGGCUGUACUGUAAAGUGAUCCUUCCAAACCCUCAGAAUUCAUCACAACCUGACUUAUUGACUACACUAAAUUCAGCAUCUGUAGGAGCAGAAAACAAUCUAGCAUGGUUGGCUGUAGUGAGCUUGGGGCUGUUCAUCACUGGUUUUGCCCUUGGUUGGGGUCCCAUUCCGUGGCUCGUGAUGUCUGAAAUAUUCCCACUUAAAGCUAGAGGGAUAUCCAGUGGUGCCUGUGUCUUAACAAACUGGUUUAUGGCUUUUUUAAUAACCAAGGAAUUUCAUGAUCUUACAGGCUUCCUGACUUCCUAUGGCACUUUCUGGCUUUUCUCUGUCUUCUGUAUUCUAAAUGUAAUUUUUACUGUCCUGUAUGUGCCUGAAACAAAAGGAAGGACAUUGGAACAAAUAGAGGCUCACUUCCGAAGAUCACCUGCACCCUGAGGUUCUUUACCCUGUAGGAAAGUUUCCUAUUGGGUUACUGUUAGCGUUAUUGCCUAAACUUUUCCAAAAAACAUCCUCUGGGUUAGUUGGCUGCACGUGAAUUCAUGUGGUUAAACAUCGUUUAAAUCAACUUCUAAUCAAUUUUGUUAACUUUGGCAAAAAUCUGAAUUGCACUGUGGAGAACCAAAACAUUGUUCUCAUAUGCAUGUACACAUUCAGCUUUUUUCAGGUUUACAAAGGAGCAGGUUGUGCUAAUUCACUGUGAUACAUAAAUUCUCUCCUUUUCCCAGGCCUUGGAGCUUCAUUGGGGCUGUCACUGUUUUUCUCUUUCCAGUGUUCCCUUUACGUACUGUAGAUUAGUUAUGAAGGCUGAAUAACUGCUUUUAAUGGAUUAGCUGGUAUGCUUUUCAUUCUGUCUCUUAUUGCCUGACCUGCAUUAACUUCAUACCCUAUUUUGAUUCUUCCAGUGUCUUCAUCUGUGCUUGUAUGGGUUGUGGCCUGACUAUUGAACAAAGUCCAGGCCAUUGGUGAGAACAACAGUCCUGUAACUAAUGCACUAGCCAUCAGCCCUCUUCAGAUGUUGUAUGCUUGAUAAAUUGCUGAACAUCCUCUAAGAGCCCUAAUGUCAGGAGGGGGUUUGAGCACCUCAGGGAAAUAUAUCAUAUGUAGUUGUAAUCUUGUGGGAAAAGCAGGCUAAAAUAGAGCAUUUUCAAAUUUCAGAUAAAUAUCUUCAGAGGUGCUAACAUUUGAUCAGAUAAUGGAAGGUGCGUUGCUUCUGCUCAGUUUGCCAAACUGCUGAAAAAGCUUUUUGGCCUUGGGGGAAAAGUGUAAUACUUCUAUUAUACAUCAGAAACCCUAAUCAGCUGUUCAGCUAUGAGACUGUUGCUGUAUUUACUUCUCUUGUGUGGGAGACUUCCAUCUCAGUACAGUUGGCCAUUAUGACUAGAACCCUAUAAUCAAGACUAGCCCUACCUAGCAUUGACACUACUUAAACCUAUGCUACUCUAACUAUACACAUUUUAAGUUACUUGAUGUAGUACUUUCUUAACAGCUGCUGUUUAUACACUGCUCUGCUUCCAUAACAUUUGCUAUUAUUGAUUGUCUAAGUAGCUUACUGAACACUUUUUACAAGAAUGUAACUAUCUUAAAGAAAUUUGUCAAUGUAAAACAACUGCGGUUGACAGUGGUGGUCAUCUAAUGGAAA